AUGGCGCACACUGUCGAGUCGCCGGUCGGCGCUCGCGCAUCGCACCAUUUUUCGCCACGAGAAUCGCCGCGAAAGCAGCUUCACUGCGCUGCGGCGGAAGGCCCUGGCGGACAGCGCGCCGAGCCUUACGGUCCUCACCCUUCGCCGCGCUCGUCCGGCGGAACCGCCGCGGUUCACGGCGCACCGAAGAGCCGAUCCGACCCUGACUUCGCCGCUGUUGACACGCGCCCCGUGCUCCACGCGCCGCAGAGGCAGCUCUCAAGCGACCUGGGGGCGAGAGGGCCGGCGAGGACGCUGAGCGGUCAGAUCCGGCGCGCGCCAGAUGAUGAUGAUGACGUGGGCAAGCCGUUCGUGACGCGCAAUCACCACGCGUCGCCCGUUGAUCACAGCCGUCAGCGUUGCGACGGGCGCGGCCCCGCUGUGUCGGGUGGGAGCUACGAUGACUUCCCAGCGUGCUCAACCGUGGGAAGGGGAGAAAGGGCGGAAAGAGUGGAAAGGGGACGACGGAGAGCUGCGGCGCAAGCCUGCUCCCCGUUCGACCCCUCCUCGUCCCCCACAUCCCCUUCCGCCGCCUCCCCCCGCUUCCCCUGCUCCAUCCCCUCGCCUCGGCACAACCCGGUGACAUCGCCUGCUGCCUAUCAGCAAUCACCACGUCAGCUACCAGCAUCAAGCUCUGUGGGCUGCGAUUCGCCUGGGCAGCGUGCUAGAGGGCAGAGGAGAAGCGGCGACGGCCGAGUCAGGCGCAGCCAGCAGCUCAGUCCCUUCGACUCGUGGGACGACAGCGAGCCGAUCUACGACGAUGGCGACCCUAUGCUGCAAAGUUCACCUUCCCCUCGGUCACAGAGGGGUUUCUCCAGCCGCCAGCAUGCAGCGUUCCAGUCAGACUCGGAGGAGGAAGAGGACUGCCGUGACGCUAACGGCGAUGAAACUCGCCGUCCCCUGUCUCGGUGGCGCUCUCACUCUCUCGCGGAAGAUCCAAUUGAGGAGAAUACAGCUGCGCGCCGCGUGCACACUCUAGACCGCCGCCCUGCGCCGUCGCAGUCGCUCCCUGACUGCCGCCUCCCCCGGCGCUCAUGUGACGAGCGCAGCAUGCGACACACAUGCAGGGGUUCGCAUGGCGGUGCGUGCGUGGACGUGCAGAGAGCAGGGGAGGUGGGAGAGAAUGCAGGGUGGGUGGAUAAGGACUCCUUGGAGGGUGAAGGGGAGGACGUGGAGGCAGUGAGAGAGAGGCAGAGGAAUGUGGAGGAGGCUGGUAUGGAGCGGAGAGGGAAUGAGAGGCAUGGCCCAACACUGAAGAAAAUGCAGGGUGGGCUGGACCUGUACCAAUCCCGAGAGGCAGUCUGUGAUUUGUCGGAGGACAGCAAGCAACAGUCCAGGCCAGCGGGAAGAAAUGAGGGCCACACACCGUGUGGAGAUGCUGCUUCUGGGGGGGUUAUGGGAUGUGAAAGCAGGGAAGCUCCCAAGAGCAAGCCCAAAAGCAAACUGCAGAGAUCACUGAGCGAUGACGAUGAGGAAGAAGAGCGAGCAGAAAAAGAGCUUAGACCGAAGCCGCCGUCCCCCGACUCCCCCCUCCGCCUGCGCCCCGGGUCAGGCUCGCUGGAAUCCCCCGCUAGCGCGCCCUCACCCUCGGGCCCUUCCGCUGCGCCUCGGGAAUUCCGCGACCCGAGCGACGCGUAUCCAGCCGUUCAUUCUCGGUCCACGAGCGAUGGCCUCGACCAGUCGGAGUUACGUCGCGCAUCGCGCCGCAACCCGCGUGUUUUUAACAGCGCCUCGACGCUGCCGGCCGAGCGUCAUCAGCAGGCGUCUCGCCGGUUAACUGUGAGCCGGCAUUCGUGGGACAACACGUCAGACGAAAGCAUCGAGCCGCUCAGUGCCGCUAGCUUCAACAGGUUGUUGCAUGCCUCGCCGCAAACGUUCUGCGUUCCUUCCAGUAGCGCUGCGACGGCUCCUUCGUAUCCUCAGUUGAUCGCUGAGAUAUCAGAAGCUCCUAACCUGCGACUGGGGAUGCCGCCGUCGACCUUCCAGCCCGCGAAUCCCGCUCAAUUUUUGAUAUCCCCCAAUUCCCGGAGACAGAUGCCGCCGAGCUGGCCUGCUGCUAUUGGUCGAGCAGCAGCGCCUGCACGCGGCGGGGGCAGCGCUGACGUGGCGUCCGCAGGCGCGUUGCGCCACGCGUUCGGGAGCGUGACUAAGCUGGACGCCCUCCCGGAAGCCGGGAAUCGCCGAGAGGCAUCAAGAGCGACUGACUCUGGCGCGGAAACGCGCACUUAUGUGCGGAGAGCUCAGAGCGGAGGAGUGACGGAAAGGGCGGCGGAGGAAGCGCGGGUUUACGCGGAAGCUGUUGCGCCCAUCGGCGCAGGAUGCAGGGAAGCAGCCGCUAGGCAGGCCGUGGGGCGGGGGUUCCCCGCACGUAGGAUAGGUCCCGGUGCAGCUGGGGAGGCUAUUUGGACUGCGCCUGGUGCGCCUGGGAUAGGCAGGGGAGAGGGUGCGCGGAAUGGAGCUGCGAGUGGGGAACGCGCGGGGAACGGAAGCAGCGCUGGGGAAGGGGAUUGGCGGAGAGGUUUGAGCGGAAGUGGGGGAUACGUGAGCGGGACAGGGAGUUUCCAGGAGAGGCGGAACGGGCUAAGCGCGCCGAGGGUUAUGGGACCCGUCGGGGGGGCCAUGGCGUGGCGCAGAGGGAGCAUGGGGGAUGCGGAUUGGCUGAACAGGUGGGGAGGGGAUGCUGCCGGUGUGCACCGCAGGGCGGCUACUGUAGCUGGCCUGGGUGGUAUGGGCGGCACGAGUCGUGUGGUGCGAGACAAUGGGGGUGAAAUGGGAGAAACCGUGGGCAUGGGGAUCGUGGGGGGGGCAGCAACGGUUAUGGGGAGGGGGAGGGUAUUUUUGUAUAGGGGCAUGGGGGGAGGUAGCUGGAAGGAGCAAGCAGUGCGGCGAAAUGGAAUGAGCGGUGGUCUGGGCGGCAUAGGUGGUGUGGCUGGCGUGGGUCGCAUGGGCGGCAUGGCCAGCAUGGGCGGCAGUCAGAGGGAAAGGCUAACUGAUGGGCAGGUGGGGGAAUGGUUGGAACAGGCACACGAGCCAGUAACGCAGCAGACUGUAACGAGGAUGAGUCAAUCGAAUCCCUCCGGGCGGCAACAGGAGAGACCCCUCUUCGAUCCCCACGGCAGGCCUCAGCUCGCCUCUCAGCAGCGCUGCUCACUUCAGAGAUUGGACCCAUUGCUGGUGCCAGCUCAGCGUGUCAGCCUUCCAGGUCAGCAGCGCUGUAUGCCAGGUCAGCAGCGCAGUAUGCCAGGUCAGCAGAGCAGUAUGCCAGCUCAGCAGAGUGCAGCUGUGGCUCGUAACCUGCAGCACAGAGCCUCGUGCCCUCCUCACAGCCUUGAGGGUGCCGCUAUCAUCUUCCAACACAAUCAGCAGCACAGCCAGCCAAGAGGUCCCGCCUCCCACCCUCUCAAUGCUGCUGCCACUCCUGCUUCGAUCUCUGUUGCUGCAGCACUGGGCCCACACACUAGCUGCGCCCACACCGCCCCGUUAGCAUCAAGCCGUGAGCAGCGUUGGCAGGGGAAGGGAGCGGCAAGCACAGGCCGUGGCAGCAGUAAGUCCGCCUCGUUCCCCCUCAAUGCUGCUGCUGGCAGCGCUGCGAGUACUGGAGGGGCGGCAAGCUCUGGUGGUGGCGGGAGCAGUAAGUCCGCCUUAUUCCCCCUCAAUGCUGCUGCUUCUGCCAUGGCUACACCUACUGGAGGAGCGGCAAGCACAGGCCGUGGCAGCAGCAAGUCCGCCUCUUUCCCUCUGAACGCUGCUGCUGCUGCCACUCCAUCGACUGGCGUGCCGGCAGGCGCUGGUACGUGCGGGGGCAGCAAGGCCGCCUCGUUGCCCCUCAAUGCUGCUGCUGCCACCGCUGCACCUGCUGGCGGGGCGGCAGGCAUCUGCAUUGGUGGGCGCGGGGGCAGCAGCGAGUGCGCGUCUCUGCACCGCCGCGUGCACACCUUCCCCCUCCCCGCCGCCUCUCCUCUCACCCGCAUCUCUCCUCCUCGUCCCGCUCCUCCUCCUCCUCCUGCUGCUGCUCCUGCUGGUGUGUCUUCUGCUGCUGCUGGUCCCACUGUGGUGUCACUGCCUACUCGUACGGCUGGCGCUGCUGCUGCGGCCUGUGCUGCGGGCAGCAGGAGUAGCGCCAGCAUGCACCGUUGCGAGCAUGCAUGCGAGCAUGGGCGUGGUGGCGUUGGUGGUGCUGGCAGCAUGAGGGAACGGGUGAGCACAUCAGGAGCAGGGAGCACGUUAGGAGCACUGAGUCGGGCCCCAGCCAGAUGGCACUCGUGGGGGGGUGCCACGGCUGGUGCUCUCGCCACUGCACCCAGCAGCACCAGCCGUGCGCCCAGCAGCAAGCCCAGGCCAGCACACCAUCUCUCCCACCCAACCUCCUCUUCCUCCGCUGCCUCCCACAUCCCAUCCCACACCGAGCCUCAGACGCAGGCUCGGGCCGCACCAGCAGUCCAGCUCCGGUCCCUUGUCGAGCCACCACCACACCACCUGACCAACGCACAGCGGCUCUAUGAGUCUCUGCCCUUACAGCAGCGACAGUUACGUGUUCAGUCUAUCACUCCCCUCCGCCUCACACCGCUUUCCCUGCACGAAACCUCCUCCUCCUCCUCGCCCCGUCUCACCGCCUCUCAGCAUUCCCCAGCCUCCUUGCCCGCAGCUCCUUCCCCCCGGUUCCCUCCCUCCCAACACUCACCCAACUCAUCCUCAUCCUUCUCCUCCCCCCGCUCGCUCCCCCCACACCCCUCCCCUCGCUUUCUCGCCCCGCAAACCUCCCCUCGCUCUCUGCCCCCACAGCCCUCCCCCCGCUCCCUCACCCGCGGACCCACCUUCCCCGCCCCCAUGCCGGCCCCCACGGCUCGCUUCGUGCCCGCCCAUGGAUCCUCUCUGCACCGUGACUCGCUCCUCCACGCCGCUGCCGCUGCUGCCCUCUCCGUGCCUGCCCCUGCUGCCCCUGCUGCUGCUACUUGUGCUCGCGCUGCUGCUCGCAGCACUGUUCACAUACAAGCUCACUCUCGUGCACAAACCAACACACAAUCCCUUGCCUCCAAUGCACGGCGCACUCCGCAGCGCAAUGCACAAUCAGAUACUCCCAACGCGCUAUCUCAAGCACGUGCCCAUGCACACAUGCCUGUCAGCAUGGCGCAUGCUACACGCGCAAGGCCUGUGCCACCCAGAACGCAUGUGCAAACAACAGACGCCGUACCACCGCCUGUCGGUCAUGCAAGCCGCAAUAUGGCAAUCCCCAGCUGUGCUCCUUGUAAUAUGAAUGUUAAUGGCCAACCAAUGGUGCGCAGUGGUGACUCAGCAGUAGGUGCAAGGGCGAAUGGAAAGCUUGCUGCAGGAAGGGGGAGAGGUGUGGGGGGGAUUGCGGGGGGAGGUAUGCAGGGAAGUGCAGGGGGAGGUUCGGUGGGGUUUGCAAGGGGAGGUGUGGGGGGAGGUGUGGGGAGAGGUAUGAGGGGAGGUGUGGGGAGAGGUGUAGGGAGAGGUGUGGGGAGAGGUGUGGGGGAUGGAGGAGCACGUUACAGAGCUCCAGAAGGAGGGGCGGGGAGCAGAGCAGGUUGUAUGGGGAGGGAUGUGGUGCACAGUCAGGGCGGGGGGACCAGUGGGGGGAGUGUCACUGGGGAUGGCACGAUGCGGGGAGAGAGAGGGGCGCAUGGGGGAGUGCAGGAGGUAGAGAGGGGAGAGGAGGAGGAGAGGGAGGAGGAGGAGGAAGGGGAGGGCGAGGAGGAAGAGGAGGUGGUUGUGAGAAGGCUAGUUCACCUGGACAGUGUGUCCCUUUGCAAGAGGAGGACGGGGGGGGAGACGCAGGGGAGGCAGGAGAAAGAGGAGGAGGAAGAUGAGGAGGAAGAGGAGGAGGAGGAGGAGGAGGAGGAGGAGGAGGAGGAGGAAGAAGAGGAUGACACGGGGAGUGUGGUGGUUCGGAUUUUCCCCCAUUCGGAUAGCAUUUCUGUGCAGAAGUGUCAGCGGAUAAGGGAUGAUGAAGAAUGGGAGGAGGAAGAUGAGGAGGGGGAGGAGAGAGAGGAGGGAGAGGUGCGUGUGUUUCCACACGCCAAUAGCGUUGCUGUCCACAAAUUUAGGCAGAUAUGGGAGGGGGAAGGGGAAGAGGAGUCAGAGGAAGAGAAAGAGGAGGUGAAAGAGGAGAAACAGGAGGAGGAAUCAGGGGAAGAUAGGGCUGAGGAGACAGAGGAAGAAGGAGAGGUGCGCGUGUUUCCACAUGCCAAUAGUGUUGCUGUGCAGAAGUACAGGCAGAUAUGGGGGGGGGAAGGGGAGGAAGAGGGGGAAGUGGAGGAGAAAGAGGAGGAAGACUUGGGAGAGGAGGAAGCAGAGGUGCGUGUGUUUCCGCAUGCCAAUAGCGUUGCUGUGCACAAAUUCAGGCAGAUAUGGGAGGAGGAGGAGGGGAAAGUGAAGGAGGAAGAGGAUGAGACAGAGGAGAAAGAGGAGGAGGAGGAAUCGGAAGAAGAAAGGGCCGAGGAGGCAGAAGAGGAAGCAGAGGUGCGUGUGUUCCCACAUGCCAAUAGUGUUGCUGUGCACAGAUACAGACAGAUCUGGGAGGAGGAGGACCAGGAUGGGGAAGCGGAGGAGACAGAGGAGAAGUAUGAGGAGAAGGAGGAAGAGGGGGAGGUGCGUGUGUUCCCACAUGCCAAUAGUGUUGCUGUGCACAGGUAUAGGCAGAUAUGGGAGGAGGAUGAGGAGGAGGAAGAGGUGGAGAAUGAAGAAGAGGAAGAAGAGGGUGCAGAGGACACGCCAAAGGUUCGCGUGUUUCCCCAUUCAAACAGCCUAGCUAUUGCGAGGCAGCGGAAUGGGCUGGGGGAUAUAGGGAGAGAGGAGGUGGAGGAAGGGGAUGAAGAGAAGGAAGAGGAGGAAGAAGAGGACGAGGAGGACGAGGAGGAGGACGUGGGGACACCGGAAGAAGCAAGGGUUCGUGUGUUCCCACAUUCAAACAGUCUAUCUGUUGCGAGGCAGACGAAUACAGAUAGAGAUGGGGUAGAUGAAGUGGAGGAAGCGGAGGACGAGGAAGACGACGAGGAGGAGGAAGAGGAAGAUGAAGAGGAUGCCAAUGUGCGUGUCUUCCCCCAUGCCAACAGUGUAGCUGUGCGCAAGUACAAGGAGAUAUGGGAGAGUUGA